AUGCACAAUGAGAUUCAAAGGCUAUCGGACAAGAGCCACACUCUGGCGAUUGAGCAUGAGGAAGCGGUACAGAAUCUCGACGAAGUGGAAAAUCAACUGAGUGACGCCUUAGCCGAGUCAGAAGCACUUCGCAGCCAGCUUUCAGAAUUACAAGACUUCAGUCAGAACUACAGUCACGAAGCUGAUCCGACUAUCGGGCAAUAUGACGCAGAAAGCGAGCUUGAACAGCGUGAUGCCUCCUAUACCAUUGUGAAUAAUCUCCAGACGCAGCUGGACCAACGAACGGCGGAAUUGGCCGCAACUGAAGCAGAACUUGAUGCUCUUCGUCUCGAAAACUAUGAGAACGAGCAAUAUCGUGAUGUCAAUGCAGACGCGGUGUCCGAACGUGACGAGCAGAUUCUAGAACUUGAAGAGCAGGAAAUCAGGUUGAAUGCUCAGAUAGAAGAUUUACGAGAUGAGAAUGAUGAGCUUCUGAGACUAAAUACAGCACUUCGGCAAGAGACUCAUGACUAUGCAUCUCACCUACGACAAUGCGGACGAAGUCGCGAUUCGUCCCAGCAGGGUUCCCUGGAGAAUCAGGAGUCUCCAGCCGGAGACGAUGAUGAGCCUGAUCCAGAGAGCUUCUCUGAUUUGGUUACCGAGCAACUGCUGCGUGAGUCACUUGCAGCAUGUCAAGGUCAUCGCAAUAAGCUGGAGAAGGAGCGUCGGGAGGAGCAGAAAUAUGUCGAGGCACUCACUGCAUCUCUCGAAGAAGCUCGCGCAGCUCGACGAGUGCUUGAGUUGCAACUGAAGACAUCGCAGUCUUAUCUGCAACGAGCUUUGAAACAAAAACGAGAGCUCGAGACGACUAGCAAGGAUUUGGAGCAUGUGCUUUUGCAGAACGAGAGACGUUCUGAUGACAGUUCACUCCUAGAUGAAGCCGAAAAUGGCGAUGGUGCCGCUGCGAAAAAGAACAUGCAGGAAUUGAACGACGAGCUUGCACAGCUGAGAAAUCAAAAUCGUGAAAUGCUACAGCGAAAUGUGGAUCUAGAUCAGUUGAACCACACUCUCGUAGACAAUUCCGGCGAUGCGACGAUCGAGGCUCUGAACCAGCAAAUUCGAAAUUCCCGCACCAUCAGCGAAAUCGAACAAUCUCGGCUUCACAAAAAGCUAGAACAUCUGCGACAAGAAGUCAUCUAUGCGGAGAAGCGGUAUGAUUUGCUCGUACAGAAUGCUGCUGAGGAUGCAAUCGAACAACAAAACGCAACAGAGCUGCUGGAUCGAUUUCUCGGUAUUGUCAAGGCACAAGAGGCCGAAAUCAAGGACCUGAAGAAGAUCAGCACAGGAGAGUUAGGACACGGUUCGAGCGCUGGUGGGGAGUUCAGACCCGAAGACGAUGGCCAGGACAUGGAGCCAGGCCGUGAUUUCCUUGAAACUUCCUAUGAGGAACUGCUUCAGGAAAAUGAGAGGCUGAUGGCGGAAAGCAAUCAGCUUGUCUUGGAGCUACAGCAAUGUCAAGCGCAUGGUGCACAGCAAGAAGAAAAGUUGGCCGAGACGCAGGGCGAGAUUGAGGCUGCAAAUCGCAUCAACGAGACAAGAGGCAGCAGUGGCUCGCCUGCUCAGAGAGGUGGUAGGGGAGGCGGGCGUGGUCGUGGAAGUCGUGCUUCCAGAGCAUUGGGUACGACAAGCCCCAAGAGCCAGACCAACAGGACCAAGAAAACAACUACAGACAAUGAAGCAGAAAGUUCAUCUCAGCAGACCACCCGAGCAUCGAAACGCAAAGCCAAGGAUGUUAGCGAUCUUGAAAUCCUUGAUGAUAGUGGCAAUCCCAAGCCGUUAGACAACAACGACAAGCGUUUCAGGCGAAAUAAAAGCGGCAAUGGCUCAUCCGGACUUCGUGGUGGCGCCUCUGAGACCUGGGAUACGCUCUCUGAAUCUGAGCUGAACAGCAUCUAUGCGCGCAUCCGAGAGUGGGACGUCAUGACUGCGGCACUCCUGAGUGACCACAUUGGUUAUUUGAGCUGCAAAAUCGACAGUCUUGAGGCGCAACUUAUCCGAGCUUUCAAAGACCGGAAUGCUGUUGAAGACCGGCUGAGAGUCGAGCGCGAAACCACUGAUUAUCUGACCGAGUCUGAGCUGUGGGUCCGGAACGAGCUUGAACAAACACGAGGUGAACUCAAGACUGCGAAACUAGAUCUUACAAGGUGCAGGAAACAGCUUCGAGAGGGCAAUAGCAGGAGUCAGUCCCAAGUCGCCCGUGAUGCAGAAAAUCUCCCACCAGACGAUGAAAGGCAGCCCCCGUGCUCGGUCGAUUUGCAUCGCCAGGGCGUGGAAAGGUUCCGAGCUGGUGCGAGAAUCCCAGGAAUCGGAAGGGACUGCGAGGUGCACAUACGUCGACUCCUCCAAGAGGUCAAUGACCCGCGGAUGGAAACCGAAUUAAUCGCGAUCUUUCAGCAGUUAGGAGGGCGGAUUGUGUCGCUGAGGCAGAGACACAAGCCGAAUCGGUCCCAACGCAUGAACUCCGCUACCCUGAGAAGGGAACGACACAGACUUCCGCCCAUGCCUCGUCGGCGUCGCUGGAUCAAUGCGGAUGGCACUGAUGCGGAGGAUUCGAAUUCUGCGUCUAGUGCAAGUUUUGACUGUGGAGAUGUCGAAUGUGAUGGCACAGACUGCUUCGAGAGAAAUCAGUUGCUGCGAGCACGGAGAAGGAAGGCCAUGAAGAAUCAUAACAAGCGAGUCAAAGCACUUCUUAUUGAGGAGUUCCGGAGGUUUGAAGAGUCGGAUCUGGAUGCAUACGAUGAUGAGCCGCUCGCACAACGUGAUCGAUCCAGGAGGUCUCCAAGGCAGUAUGUGGGUAAACGGAGAUCGCUGACGCCUAGUCCAAGGGUUGGAGGCCCGAGGCUGCUCAAGAACUCGCCAUGGAACUCUGCAAAAAGUUCGAGAAGCAGUGCUAAAGGCAACGCCCCGGAACUGCCAAUCAGUCAAGGGGAAACAGUCGUGGCCAGUCAGCGAGACGGCGAUGCUGGUGCGGUGGAGCGGCAUGGAGACUCUCAUAUGCCUCGCCCGUUGCGCAUGACUGGCAAAAGGAAAAGAAAGUCAGAAGUCAAGGUCGGAGCGUAG